GUCGCUCCAGGGAGGAGUGAGAGCUACGUGGUGUGUCUCUGCGCGCUUCCUGUCUGCGAGAGAUCCCCAUCUACCCCCGGAGUCCACUGCAGCGUCUGUCUCCGCUGUCGGACGGUCAGAAACCCGCAGAUUUGUCCACCAUGGCUGUGAACCUGAGUAAAAACGGCCCAGCUCUGACCGCGGCCUACAAGGAGGUGGUGGAUGAGAAGUCGGAGACUAACUGGGCUCUCUUCACCUAUGAGGGAAACACCAAUGACAUCAGGCUAGCAGAGAAAGGAGAAGGAGGUCUGGAGGAGUUGGUCGAGGAGCUGAGCAGCGGGAAGGUGAUGUACGCUUUCUGCCGCGUUAAAGACCCCAACUCUGGCCUUCCCAAAUACGUCCUCAUCAACUGGACCGGUGAGGGUGUUAAAGAUGCCAGAAAAGGCCAGUGUGCAAAUCAUGUGAGCUCCAUCGCUAACUUUCUUAAGGGAGCUCACGUGACGAUAAACGCACGGGCGGAGGAGGACGUGGAGCCUGAAGCCAUCAUGCAGAAAGUGGCCAAAGCCUCAGGAGCCAACUACAGCUUUCACAAAGAGUCCAGUCGCUUCAAAGACAGCGGGCCGCAGGGGCCUGUGGGAUCUGUUUACCAGAAGACUAAUGCCAUGUCUGAAAUCAAGAAAACCAACAAAGACAAUUUCUGGGCCCAAGCAGAGAAAGACGAGGAGAAGCGUCUUCAGGAGGAGAAGAGAAGGGCAGAAGAAGAGAGACAGCGGCUAGAGAAAGAGACGAAGGCCCGAGAUGCUAAGGAGGCGGAUUUACGGGAAAAGAGGGCAAAAGAGAGGGCAUCGCAGAUAGAUGAACAGAGGAUGUACCAGCAGCAGCAGGACGUGGACAAUCGAGGUCAGCAGAAACAGCAAUGGGAGGAGGAGGAGGAGGAGAGGAAGCAGGCAGCACAGAAACCCUUUAGACGCGGAGAGUCGGUGGAAAAAGCCAAUGAAGCCGCGUCUCUCGUCUCUCAGCGCUCCGUUAAUCCCAGAGAAAUGUUCAAACAGCGGGAGAUGGGCAUCAGCUCUGCUAACACAGACAAUACUCAGUCCAGUCCAAAACCAGGGCGGUUGAACAGCCCUUUUCUGUCCAAGCAGUCAUGUGACCCAGAGCCAUUUCGCUCUCCCGUGCUUCAAGCCUCACCUAUACAAGCCAGAGAACCCAGUUUUGAGGAACAACCCAGAUCUCAUUAUGUGGAACCCGAGCCAGAACCCGAGCCAGAGUAUGAAGAUGUAGAAGCAGUCGCUGAUAACUAUGAAGUGCCCGUAGAAGAAAAGCAGCCACAAUACGAGGCGGUGGUGGAACAAGACACCGUGUAUGAGGAACCAGCACAGGUGGAGGAGCAGAACACGUAUGAGACGACCGAUGAUCGUGGUGUCUGUGCCAGGGCUCUGUACGACUACCAGGCUGCUGAUGACACGGAGAUCUCGUUUGACCCAGAUGACAUCAUCGCCGGCAUCGAGAUGAUUGAUGAAGGCUGGUGGCGAGGGUACAGUCCGGACGGACAUUUCGGCAUGUUCCCUGCAAAUUACGUGGAACUUAUCUAACGGCGCUCGACAUCUCCCCCUCCCUCGCGAGAAUCAGACUGAAUUCAUUUUAGAUUUACAUCUCUGGUAUAUUUGAUUGAAAAGACUAAAACUUAAAUCAUGGACCAAAAGAGUGAUGAUCAUGUGACCAGGGAUAUUUCAUACUGUAUUGGUAGAUUUCUGCUGUUUAUUUGAUAAAACAAUUGAGUAUGUUGGCAGAAGGCCCAAAAACGACACCUAAAAUUGCUGUUAGUGCAGGAAUCCUGGGAAUUUUCAUGUUGAAUAAAUGCUGCGGUGACAUGGAAAUAUCAUUUUGAGACGAAACCUUUUCUCAGUGAACAUUUCAGUGCUAGUUCCAAUAUUGUUCCAGAGAUGUUUGUAGUGAUCUGUCCCGUUUUUGCCUUCUUUUCUCCACGAGACUGAGUGUGACUGCCUUGCUUUCUUGAGGAAUAGCGCUGAUGUUUUGCCGAGAUGUUUUGAAGUUUGUCGUGUUUAAAAUCCAGAAAGCAGCUUCAGUCGUCCAAUAUUACGGUUCUUGAUAUCCUUUUAGGCUUGCAGCGAGAAGAGUGGGAAGUAACUUUGCUUUCGCAGCUUUACCCGUCCGCUCAGAGAUGUGGAGAAUAUUAAUACUGUGAUUUUUAGGUUUCAGGGAACCAUCUUUCUUUCAUUAUCUCGCCUUUGGGUCCCAGGUGGGAUCUGGAUUGUGUUUAGACCCUUGCAUUUUUUACUGUUCGUAAACUUUACUGUCAGUGCUGUGCCAAUAUGAGAGCGAGGGGAGAAGCGUUUUUGAGGAAAUGUUUGAGGUUUUAUUUGUAACAAACCCGUUUGGAAAAACAUCAAAUGUCAAAAGUCAUUCAGCAGUGCCGUAGUCCCUCUCAAGAGCUCAUUGUGAAUAUCUAACGAGACUGGAAAACCUUGUAACGUCAAUUAAAAGAAUAAAUAAAGUGAUUUAAGAGUGAAA